UGCUAGUGCUAGAGCAUUUUCAAGGCGUUUGUUUCUUUGUGGCUGGUGACGGAAUGACGUCACUAAAGUCCUAUCCACUUUUCUUAAUGGGGCCCUGUAAAAACAAAGAGAUAAUUCACGGUUGAGCGCCAUGGGUCAUACCCGUGAUUCAAAGUAGUGAAACGGUUGAAUGAGGUAACAACGGAAUCAGGACUAGUGAUGAUAAAAUUUCGACCGUCGUGCGUUUUGCAUGUUUGUGUAUUUUGUUGAUGUUUUGAGAUAUCAUCUCCGGAUAAUCGCUUUCGUUUUGUUGGGCUAGUUUAGGUUGUUGUAAUCACAUUUUUAGCCGCUUAGUGCCGGCUAAAUCUGACCGGACACCGGCGUCCAGUACGAUCGUGAUCGUCAACUCGCCCAGGGAGAGUUUGCACAGCGUCGACACGAUGCUGGAAGAAACCCCUGGUGUCUACCAACGGCGCUCCGCUGCGUCACGAUCGAACGGAUUCGGCUUCCGCCGUCAACACGGAAAUGGGUUCGGUUUAUUCGAUGAGCAACUGGAUGGAAUCCAGCUGGGCCGUCGCAUACGUCAAGAAUUCCAACGAAGAUCUGACGCAAAUGAAUCAAUCGGAAGGCCAGCGGAAGGCCAGAAAAGUCGCCUUCGGUGCGGAUGUCAAGUAGGAGAGCGAUCACCACCGUUCGUGGCCAGAGCUCCGACGCCGGACAAUUUUUUCUCGCGCGGGAGAUCGCCGUGUUCCACGACGUCCGAGUCGUCAACGGCCACUAUUCCGGGCAUGUCGGCGGCAUAGCUCAUCCGCAAUCUACGCCCAAAUCCGGUCAUGAUGGUGGCUCGCUGCGAAGUCAAAGAAUCCGUCUUCCGGCCUCCAGUUUCUACGGAAUUUGAAACGGAAACGCUUUUGCCGUUGGAAACGGAUUCUUUAUCCGUCAGGGCUGAUCACGGCUAUCAUUCCCUAGAGCCUGAAGCGGAAUCCAGUGCCAUUAAGAGACACCAAUCGUCCUCCAUCCGGCAGCAGACGACGGUGGAUGAAACGAGAACGAUCGAUGAAACAAUCGCGCAGCUCAACGAAACCAUCGAAAAGAUCCGUUCGCUCGACGUCAUCCGCCUGGAAGCGGAAUCCGAACGAAAUGGGACGAAUCUAACUCCGAUUCAGGCUCCUGUAACCAAAAUGGACAUGGGGAAUCCGUCGGCCAGCAGCAGCCCUUACCCAGUCAAAAUCGAUAAACCAAGUGGAUUUUAUCCAGGACUUGCGCAUCCCAAAAGCGGUUCCAAAAUACCGGAAAAUCGGUUCGUCAUCCGCGAAAUCCGGCCCUUCGGCAGCGUCCAGGAAGCUCGCACUUUCUUCCAGUCCACGGCAUCCAGCGAAAUGACGCGUUCAACAGGUAAUAUGUUUAAAUGCAAGCACGAAAAUUGCGUUAAAAGUUAAACCGAAUUAGUGGGGAGGAUAACUGAAACACGACACAGAGAUCAGGUGAUUUAAAAAAUAAUAACGGUAGCAUAUCACGAUAUUGUGUGACACGGUAUCAGGUGACGUGUAUAUAAUUACCAGCAUGUUAGUCAUAACCUCCAAUUGCCGUUCCCCACAGUUGUUAUGUAAAUGAUUGUCUUGAGAAAUGAGUUGCAUACUUAAAUAUUAGUCCUAAAUUAU